AUGCCGGCGAGUGAUGCCGGGGACUGCUCCCGGUUACGGAUCCCGGUGGCGGAUCCCGGUGGCGGAUCCCGGUGGCGGAUCCCGGGUUUGAAACCGGGACAGGGGUGGGGGCUCAGCCUGGUGUUCACCCAAUUUUUCUCUCUGCCCCACCCAUUUUCCCUUCCAUCCCACCCCAUUUUUCCUCUAUCCCCGCCCCGUUUUCCCUCUCCACACCCUCCUCUCCCRUUUUUCUCCCCCCAYUCCYAUUUUUCCCACCUCCCAGAUGAAGAUGUCUGCGUGUUCAAGUGCUCCGUGUCCCGCGAGACCGAGUGCAGCCGGGUGGGGAAGCAAUCCUUCAUCAUCACGCUGGGCUGCAACAGCGUCCUGCUGCAAUUCGGGACCCCCAACGAUUUUUGCUCCUUUUACAACAUCCUGAAGAACUGCCGGGGCCACAACACGGAGCGCUCGGUGUUCAGUGAGCGCACGGAGGAGUCCUCGGCCGUGCAGUACUUCCAGUUCUACGGGUACCUGUCCCAGCAGCAGAACAUGAUGCAGGAUUACGUGCGCACGGGGACGUACCAGCGGGCGAUCCUGCAAAACCACAGCGACUUCAAGGACAAGAUUGUCCUGGACGUUGGCUGUGGCUCUGGAAUCCUCUCCUUCUUCGCGGCGCAGGCUGGGGCGCGCAAGAUCUACGCGGUGGAAGCCAGCACCAUGGCCCAGCACGCUGAGGUGCUGGUGAAGAGCAACAACCUGACGGAGCGGAUCGUGGUGAUCCCGGGCAAGGUGGAGGAGGUGUCCCUGCCCGAGCAGGUGGACAUCAUCAUCUCGGAGCCCAUGGGCUACAUGCUGUUCAACGAGCGCAUGCUCGAGAGUUACCUGCACGCCAAGAAGUACCUGAAACCCAGCGGGAAUAUGUUCCCCACGAUCGGGGACGUGCACCUGGCGCCCUUCACCGACGAGCAGCUCUACAUGGAGCAGUUCACCAAGGCCAACUUCUGGUACCAACCCUCCUUCCACGGCGUCGACCUCUCUGCGCUGCGCGGGGCYGCCGUGGACGAAUAUUUCCGACAGCCCGUGGUGGACACCUUCGACAUCCGAAUUUUGAUGGCCAAAUCCGUCAAAUACACCGUCAACUUCUUGGAAGCCAAGGAGGGCGACUUGCACAGGAUAGAAAUCCCUUUCAAAUUCCACAUGCUGCACUCGGGGCUGGUGCAYGGCCUGGCUUUUUGGUUCGACGUGGCCUUCAUCGGCUCCAUAAUGACCGUGUGGCUCUCGACGGCCCCCACGGAGCCGCUGACCCACUGGUACCAGGUGAGGUGCCUGUUCCAGUCGCCGCUCUUCGCCAAGGCCGGGGACACGCUCUCAGGGACCUGUCUGCUCAUCGCCAACAAGAG